CCCUCAUCCCCCGGUGUGGCGUCGGUCUAGAGUGGUUCUGCACUGCCCAGACCUGUCCUCUGCAGAUACUUCCUUCCGUUCCACUCGUCUAGUUCACUCAACGUUGCAAGAUGCCGAUGUCUAAGAAGGAGCUCCAGGAGCUUCGCAUCCAACCGCGCAUGUACAAGAAGGCUCCGUUCUCCGUCGAGGCUCCUGGAUACGAGCCCGUUGAAGGCGAGACGAUCCCUCGCCGACUGCCUGCGGCCAAGGAUGGCCUCAUCCUACGACCCGCCGAGGAUGUCGCAACCACCUAUGAUGUCUUCCGCCGCUCCGCGCGUGUCUACGGGAAUGCGAAGGCUGUCGGAAGCCGUCACCUGGUCAAGACCCACGUCGAGAAUAAGAAGAUCAAGAAGGUCGUCGAUGGUGUGGAAAAGGAAGUCGACAAGCAAUGGACCUACUUCGAGAUGAGUGGCUACACUUACAAGAGCUUUGUCGAAUACGAGAAGCUGGCGCUUGAGCUCGGCUGUGGUUUGCGGAAGCUCGGCUUGGAGAAGCCGGACAAGAUUCACCUUUACGGCGCAACUAGUGCAAACUGGCUGGCCAUGUCACACGGUUCCGCUUCUCAGUCUUUGACCAUCGUUACCGCAUACGACACCUUGGGUGAGGAGGGAUUGAAGCACUCGUUGGUCCAGACAUCCAGUGCCGCCAUUUUCUGCGAUCCCGUCCUCAUCCCCUCCGUGGCCAACGUUCUAAAGGAUGCGAAGUCCAUCAAGCAUGUUAUCUACAACACCGACCAGGAACCCAAGAAGGAACAUCUGGACCGACUCAAGUCCGAAAAUGAGGGCUUGAAUGUCUUGAGUAUGGAGGAUCUGCGGAAGCUGGGCGAAGAAAACCCCGUGGAUCCUGUCCCCCCGGCUCCUGAAGAUCUCUGCUGUAUCAUGUACACCUCUGGUUCUACCGGUCCCCCGAAGGGUGUGUCUCUGACACAUGCCAACGUUAUUGCCGCAACUGCCGGUAUUCACGAGAUCGUCGGCCCCUACAUUGGUCCCUCGGAUGCUCUCCUCACCUACCUCCCGCAAGCGCACAUCCUUGAAUUCAUGUUCGAGAACCUCUGCCUCUUCUGGGGUGGUACGAUGGGUUACGGAAACCCUCGUACUCUGUCUGACACUUCCAUGCGCAACUGCAAGGGCGACAUCCGCGAGUUCAAGCCCACAAUUCUUGUCGGUGUUCCGGCUGUGUGGGAGUCCGUAAAGAAGGGUGUGCUUAACAACCUGAACAAGAACAACAUCCUGGUGAAGAGCAUGUUCUGGGGAGCCAUGUCUGCCAAGAACUUCUUGAUGACUGCCGGAUUCCCCGGCGCUGACAUGGGGGCCUGGUUCCUGGAUUCCAUUGUCUUCCGCAAGCUCAAGGAGGCCACUGGUGGCCGACUACGUAUCAUGAUGAACGGCGGUGGUCCGGUCUCGAAGGACACGCAGAAGUUCCUAUCCAUGGCUAUUGCCCCUAUGAUCAGCGGCUACGGUUUGACGGAGACCUCGGCCAUGGGUGCCCUGAACGACCCGAUGGCCUGGAACCCAGACGCACUUGGUGAAAUCCCCGCCUCCAUUGAAGUCAAGCUCGUCGAUUUCCCGGAUGCCGGUUACCUGACGAAGAACACUCCCCCGCAAGGAGAAAUCUAUAUCCGCGGAGGCAGUGUCAGCAGCAGCUACUGGCAGAAUGAGGAGGAGACCAAGGAGGCCUACACUGACGACGGAUGGUUCAAGACGGGUGAUAUCGGCGAGUUUGAUAAGCAAGGCCAUCUCAAGAUCAUCGAUCGCAAGAAGAACCUGGUCAAGACGCUGAACGGCGAAUACAUUGCUCUGGAGAAGCUCGAGUCCAUCUACCGCUCCUCCCCCGUGGUCGGCAACAUCUGCGUCUACGCCGCCCAGGACCAAGACAAGCCGGUCGCCAUCAUCGUUCCUGUAGAAGCCACACUGAAGAAGCUGGCUAACGACAACGGCAUCGAGGGCGACACUCUGGAGACCCUUGUUCACAACGAGAAGCUGACGUCCAUCGUGCUCAAGCAGCUCCAAACCGCCGGUAAGGCCGGUGGUCUGAAGGGUAUCGAGAUCAUCAACGGAGUUGUCCUUUCUGACGAGGAGUGGACUCCCCAGAACGGCUACAUGACUGCCGCUCAAAAACUCCAGCGCAAGAAGAUCCUCAACCGCUUCCAGAAGGACAUCGACCGUGCCUACGGCAAGAAAUAAACUAGCUCAGCCCGCGACAGCGAACGCCUUAUCGAUUAGCCGGAUAUCCACGCCUGCUCAAUUCGUAUAUCCUUUAUAUCCCUUGUCAGCUCUGUGCUCGCAUAAUUCUUGAUUCUGCACCUUCUAUGUCUCUCUAAUUCCCCCUAUCCUAUCUAUGAUUUACAUGUAUCAUGUUAGUCCUCUCCUUUUUAUACGUCGAUGUGAUGUUACUCUUCUCUCGGUGUCUGUGUCAUAAAAUUCCCAGUCAGUUUAGUGAAGCCCACGAACCUACUUUACCUUGCUCAGAAGUAGACAACUUAAUGAAGAUGAACGAAUAGGUCUUACUCUU